AUGAAAGGCUUACUAAUAUACACAUUUAUUUUUCUUUUAAAACAAUUGAGUGUUCGUUCAGAAGAAUAUGUUUGCGAUUUUAGAGCAAAAAAUUAUUUAUAUGACAAUAAGGAUAUAUUAUAUUGUACGAUUAAUGCAAAACCAUUUGAUAAAAUUACAUACAUAUGCCCCAAUAAAAUAGGAGCACACUGUUUUCAUAAUGUAAACACAUCAAAUAAUAUCGAAACCAGUUUGGAAUCUUCCCAAAUUCACAUAAAUUACUUAUUAUAUGGAUCGACAAUAUAUAAAGACACUCUUAUUUUACCUCCAAAAGUUACACAAAAUGUUACAUUCUAUUGCUUUUGUAGUUUAGAAACUGAUAUUUCAGACAAAAAAUUGAAGCCACAAAAAUUUGAGGGAGUUGGUAAUCAUAAUGGAAAUAUAACAUUAGGGAAAGCAGUAAAGCUCGAUACUCCUAUAUCAAGAGCUUUAUUUAAACUAAAUAAAUAUAAAGAUUUAAUGGAGCAAGGAGUCGAAGAAAACGACGAUGAUACUAUAAUUGAAGUGGAGCCUGAGCCUGAGCCUGAACCUGAACCUGAAUCUAAGACUAAUAAAGUAAAGCCUAAGAUUAUUAAAGUCAUAUAUAAAACUAUUAAAGGAACAGAUGGAACUAAUAAAGCUAAAACUGAGCCUGCUAAAGCCAAUCCUGAACCUGCUAAAGCUAAUCCUGAACCUGCUAAAGAUGAACCUGUUAAAAAAAAAAAAUAUGGUGUAAUGAAAGUUACAGUUCAAAAAACUUAUAAUACAAUAAAAGGAUGUGACUUUGGUAAUGACUCUACUAAAUAUUUUACUAACCCAUUGGAAAGUAGCAAAAAUUCAAAUACUAAAUUGUGCCAAAUAAAUGCAAAACCUGGAGAAACUAUUGGCUUUAAAUGUAUACAAGAGACACAUGGCUAUGUAGAACCUUCUGGAUGCUUCGAUAGUGUGUAUGUCAACAAUUACAAAACAAGUUUAAAAACUAUUAUUCCAGGAUAUACAUCGUAUUCAAGUAAAUCUGGUUCUAUAACUGCUUUUUACUUAAAAUUGCCUCAUUUAAUAACUAAACCAUACACAUUUAGUUGUAAAUGUAGAUCAUAUAAUCACAAUAAUGAUUCUUACAUUUUUCAAGUAAAUGUAGAAUCAGGAGAAAGUGAUUUAAUUAAAAACUCUUUUAAUUGA